AUGGCAAACGAUAAAAUUAAACAUGAUACAAUAGAACUUCACGAUUAUCCUAGAAAACCUGAAAUCGAAUACAAAGAUCCUUCUACUGGCACUUAUCAUUAUACUAUUAUCUCUGAAGGAUACUAUCCGUCACCACCUGUUCUUGUCAGGACUCAAAGAAAAAAAAAUAGUAGUUAUAGAAUUCCUGAUAAUUACAAAGUUGUAGUUAGUUGGGCAAAAAAAAGUAAAACACUAAACAUUACAUGCACUAUUAAUUAUAUACAUCAAUGUAUUAAUGAUAAAAUGCAAUUAAAACCUUGUUUUAAAAUCGAAUUUAAUAAUGGUCAUCAAACAAUCGAGUCUUGGCGAAGUGCAACUCAUGCGGCAAAUUUAUUUGCACAGACGUAUAAUCCUAAUGGAAAAUCAACACUAUCUGGAACUAUAGUAUUUGGGCUGCAGCUUAAAUGUGUAGAACAAGCUAGAGAUUCUCAUCGUCAAUCUAAUACUCUUCGGCCCCUUGAAACUCUUAGUAAUUCUGCAAAAAGAUCUCGUCUCGAAUCAAACAAAUUGUUGAUAAUCAAAAUUGGAUAG